AUGGAUGAUCAUGUGGCGCGGACUGCUCCAAUGGACCUACCUAACAACAUCAAAUUGGACGACCUCAUUGGAAUGCUCAAGAGUGCAGAGGCACUAAACCAAGAUGUCAGCGAAUUGCAUAGACAAAACUGUCUGGUUCGCUUAGACCAAGAUGAAGAUACCUCACGACCACUAUCCCGCCUUCUUAAAGACCAGUGCGAGAUCCUCGACUCCUUGAUUCAGGGGUUGGCAGACUUCCACGAGUCGGUUCGGAAGACCAUCAACAUAUGCUCUCGACCGUCUGUAAGACAUCUUGGGCUGCUAGAUAUGCCAGAUGAAAUACUCUUUAACGUCUGUGGCUAUGCGAGAGGAUGGGAGAUUAGCCACCAUAUCGAUUCGCGCAAUCAAAUCCCAGCAGAGGCUCUGAACACAGUCAGAAGUCUGAGACUGACUUGUCGAAAAUUCAACGAUACCAGUUCUCAUCUUCUCAUCCCCUUCAUACGUUUUGAUCCGACCGAUUCGGCAUCGAUUGCGCGUUUUGACAAUAUCUCCCGUCACCCUCUCAUCUGCAAAGGCGUCACAAGUAUUCAAAUUCUGUUGCAUCAGUACGAUAGCUUUCUUGCAAGCAGCUUCUCGAAUUUUGCGGACUAUCAAAUCAGGAUGCAGUCGGAAUUUCAUGCAGACUGCAGAAGGUUUUUGGGGUCCGAUGCGGCUGGCUCAGUAGAUGGGUCUACAGACGUACUCGGCAUACCCCGAGACGUGGCCUUGGAGAAAUUGCGCAAAGCGGAGGAAAUCGUACAGGCAUGGCGUGAUUUCCACGGUGACUUACCUUCUGCUGAUCUUACCCAGCCGAGGGCGAGGUACCGACUUCUUCUGAACCGAGCAUAUCGAGGGUACAAGAAAAGGUUUACCGUGCAGAAGAGCCUGCAUGAGGGCGACGUAUUUACUAGCUGCAUAGCAGCAGCGAUUGGGAGAAUGCCCAUGGUCCGGAGAGUUAGAUUAUGUGACUACGACAUCCGAAGAGGAAUACCUAUUCGGCUCAUUGACAAUGAACACGUCUUGCUGAGAAGCAUGAUACGCCCGAUGAGUUGGGAGGAGUCCAAGGGGAGCGGGUCGCACCAAUCACCUCUGAAGCUCCUUUACAGCUUGCCAAUUGCAAUGCAUAAAUCGGGUGCGAACCUCACAUGCCUCGAGAUCGCUGUGUCACCUCCUGAAGAUUUUUCUGCCCUCGCCCUUCACAUAGGGAAUAUUCAGGACCUCACAGAUGCCAUGCGAAAUCUGAAAGGCUUCAAAUUUUCGAUUCUAGGGAGCGGUUCAGCUGUGAGGGCUAUCCGAGAAAAAGGCGAAGAGGAGCACAUCUGUAAAUUCAUCUCUACUGUUUUGAAUACCUCAAGCGUUCAGGAUAUAUUUAUCGAUCUGGAUCGUCUAUGGAGCAACUUGUUCGAUCGGUCACCUCUUGGUUUCACUUUGGUAACUUCAUUCUCUCCACGACCUUGGCCAAAUCUCGGACGACUUUGUUGGCGAGGAGCUCGGGUCCAUCUUGCAGAUUUCAAACAUUUUUUCGAACGAGCACGAUCUGUCAGGGCUGUUUUCAUGAUGCAACUGCAUCUCCUUACUGGAACUUGGGCGGACUUACUUGAUUUGCUGCGAAAUAUAUUGGUGGGACAUGUACGCAUUCGAUUUCCAUCAGGAGCAGAGUGUAGCAGAAUGUCGGACGAAGAAAAAUGGAGGAUCUUUGAUUCAAGACAGGUAAGGGUGGACAGCCUCGCAGAUGGUUAUAUCAUGAAGCGUCUUGCAAAUAACCCCCUCAGACCACAACUUGAAUGA